CGUCUUCACCUCCUAGCCAUCCCGAACCUCAAGUCUCCUCAAUUCCGUUCACCCACCCCAUUGACCAAGAUUCUUCCAUCUGCAACAAUGGCUUCGCGUCUUGCUAAGAGCGCCAUUGGCGCAUCCCGACUUCGGCCGGCCAUUCCCGCCCGUGGUGUCCCUGCUGUCACUGCCAACCUGACCUCCUCUCGUCAGGCCUCCAACGUUCCCGCCGAGGAGCCCUCCAAGAAGGCGCAGUCGAUCCUGAACGCCAUCCCCGGCAACUCCCUGGUCACCAAGACCGCUACCCUGUCUGCCGCCGCCGGUCUGUCCAUCGCCGCCAUCAGCAACGAGCUGUACGUCAUGAACGAGGAGACCGUCGCUGCUUUCUGUCUGCUGUCUGUCUUCACCGCUGUUGGCAAGUACGGUGGUCCCGCCUACCGCGAGUGGGCCGAGGGCCAGGUCCAGAAGCACAAGGACAUCCUGAACGCUGCCCGUGCCGACCACACCAACGCUGUCCAGCAGCGUAUCGACAACGUCUCCCAGAUGUCUGGCGUUGUUGAGGUUACCAAGCAGCUCUUCGCUGUUUCCAAGGAAACCGCUCAGCUCGAGGCCCAGGCCUACGAGCUCCAGCAGCGCACUGCCCUCGCUACCGAGGCCAAGCAGGUCCUCGACUCGUGGGUGCGUUACGAGAACCAGGUCAAGCAGCGCCAGCAGCGUGAGCUUGCCGAGUCCGUCAUUGCCAAGAUCCAGAAGGAGCUUGAGAGCCCCAAGGUUCUCCAGCAGAUCCUCCAGCAGAGCGUUGCUGAUGUUGAGCGCAUCAUGGCGUCCAAGGCCCUGUAAACGGGCUUAGUAGCUCACUGCAUUCGGCAUUGUGUACAAAACUAUAAGGGCUAUUUGCAUCUGCCGAGUUAGACCUUGCAAUACCAUUUUGAUUCUUACUCUAUAAUCGGACACACAAGGUUUCAAGACAUGUUCUCAAACGAAUUGGGUUUAGGAAUGCCCACCGGUUG